AUGGGCUACACGACUCCCGACUCGCAUAUUAUUGGAGACCACAGCUUUCUGGACGGUGGAGCCACCCCCAAGUUCGACGGACCCAUGGUCCGAGUGUCGGAAAAACACCAGCAGGCCCAGGACUUUGUGCAGACACUUAAAACCCACGCCGGCCGAGCCACCAACUUCAACCUGCAUCCCUCGCAGCCCGCCCGACCUCUGCUGAUCCACCUGGCUCUGAUUCUCGCCAUCUCGCUCGCCGUCUACCUGUGUUUCCGAGUUCUCAACCGAACUCUGCGCAUGCUGGUUCGAAAGAUUGCGCCCCAGAGCCCUAUCACCUCGGCCGUGCCCUCUCCACUCAAACUCGACGAAAAGAUCAACCUCAGUCCAAACUCCCAGGCCUCCAGCGGAAGCCCCCCCAUGCAUACUCCCACCACUCCGUUUGAGAUUUCCGAGCUCGAGACAGGCAACUGGUCGUCUCCCUCCGCUCCUGUGAGCACCUCCAUCUCCACCAACGCCCACAACUCCCGAGAAGUCGACUACCACACCGACCUGCCUGGCCGAACGGCCUCUCCCGCCUUUGUGGGACACUGCAGCGAGCGAGAGGUGCCUCUUGACGGCUUCCGAGUGACUACUCGAUGCUAA